AAGCGGAUGGGUACGGUCCUUUGUACGAGGCUUCUGAGCUUUGUAUAUUGAGCCUGGCUCGAUCCGAGCCCUGACUUGUGGGCUCAGUACAUUGAGGGUGCGUGUGGCUCACCCGGGGGACAGGGACUCGGGGGCUGAGUGGAAAGCACACGUCUGCCCGCGUGGAAGGCCCGGGACGGUAAAGGCAGUGGCAGGCGGCCGGCACCCAUCAGCGAGGCAGGGCCUCCGACCUCGGGCUGCCGCUGGGACUGAGCGCCUAGUGCAGGCACUGGGGAAUGGGAAGGCACGGAGACCUUGCCCUGGAGAGGCCAGUGCUCCGAGUUAUGGUAGGCAGCUGACCCUGCAGUGUCACUCAAGUAGAAACGCCGUAAGAUGAGGGCGUGGUCAGGCCUGUCUUCCUCACUUUGCCAUUUUAAUACACGCCCUUCCCCGAGGAGGGAAUCAACCAAGGCCCAGGUCCCUCCUUGUUCAGUCUAGAACUGUACCAUGGCUGAGACUGGGGAAGAGGAGACAGCGUCGGCAGAAGCCUCAGGGUUCUCAGACUUGAGUGACUCGGAGUUGGUAGAGUUUCUGGACCUGGAAGAUGCCAAGGAACCAACAGUCCCACCUAGCAAGGCUGGUCCUUCUUCUGAACUCCCUGAAAAGGAUGACAAACCUGUAAGUUUGCAGCCCAGGAAAAAUGGACUGGAUGUCUCGUCACCCAUGGAGAGAUUCCAGCUGAAAUACUUAUAUGUCACUGACCUGUGUGCUCAGAACUGGUGUGAAUUGCAGGUGGUAUAUGGAAAGGAACUUCCUGCUUUCUCGACACCUGAGAAGGCAGCUGUUUUGGACACUGGUGCUAGCAUCCACCUAGCAAAAGAGUUAGAACUUCAUGAUCUUGUGACUGUCCCCAUCACCACUAAAGAAGACGCUUGGGCAGUCAAGUUUCUGAACAUACUCUCAAUGGUUCCUACCCUCCAAUCAGAAGGGCGCAUCAGAGAGUUUCCCGUGUUUGGGGAAGUGGAGGGAGUAUUUCUUGUUGGAGUGAUUGAUGAGUUGCACUACACAGCCAAGGGGGAACUGGAGCUCACCGAACUCAAGACGCGAAGACGCCCAGUGCUCCCUCUGCCAGCUCAGAAAAAGAAAGACUAUUUUCAAGUUAGCCUAUACAAAUAUAUCUUUGAUGCCAUGGUACAAGGAAAAGUGAUUCCUGCAAGCCUAAUCCACCAUACAAAAUUGUGUCUAGACACGCCACUGGGGCCUUCAGUGCUGAGGCAUGCCCGGCAAGGAGGCUUCUCUGUGAAAUCUUUGAGUGACCUCAUGGAACUGGUUUUCUUGUCUCUUACACUGUCUGAUCUCCCAGCUAUCGAUACGCUAAAACUCGAGUAUGUCCAUCAAGAGACUGCCGCUGUAUUGGGCACAGAGAUUGUAGCCUUUGACGAGAAAGAAGUGAAAAGCCAGGUGCAGCAUUAUGUGGCCUACUGGAUGGGCCGUCGAGCUCCUCAAGGUGUUGAUGUGGAAGAGGCGUGGAAGUGUCGGACCUGUGACUAUGUUGACAUCUGUGAGUGGAGGAGGGGCCGUGGAGUGCUCAGCUCUUCACUGGAGCCCAAAGCCAAGAAGUUGAAAUGAAUGGAAGUUAUGUUUUCAGAAAUGUUGAUCAUUUCUGCUCUUAAUACUCCCGUGUGAAAGGGUCGGUCUCUCAGUUGGAUUUUGUGGAUAAGGUUUUUAUUUUUCCGUCCCCGACCUUUAAUAAUAUUCCAAUGCGGGGUCAAGAUCAGGAAGGAAUGGAGAGAUUGGGAUUAUGGUGACCUUGCACUCUGAGAUGAACUGCAGAGAAGACAGAUGUAUGUCAUGUCUGCAGCAAGGGUGGCCCUCACUGAUCACUGUUUCCUCAAGAAAACUACUUGGGUUCUGACAUUUUUUAUUUUUUUCUUGACGCAUUUUUUUUUACAUUUUUUCAUAAUAAAAAUGAAAUGCUCU